UUCUUUGAUGACUAAUGGUGUGUGUGUAUAUAAAUACGUAAGUGUAUGUAUAGACAUACACAUUUGUAUGUCUAUAUAUAUAUAUGUAUUUUUUUUUUGCUAAUUGGGUAUUUUGUGAAGUGCCCUUUCAAGUCUUUUGCUGGUUCCUCCUCUUUUAAGAUUGUGUUGCCUUUUGGCUGGGCAUGGUGGCUCACACCUAUAAUCCCAGCAUUUUGGGAGGCCAAGGUGUGCGGGUCACCUGAGUCAGGAGUUCGAGAUCAGCCUGGUCUAUAUGGUGAAACCUUGUCUCAACUAGAAAUACGAAGAUUCGCCGGGCAUGGUGGUGCAUGCCUGUAAUCUCAGCUACCUGGGAGUCUGAGGCAGGAGAAUCGCUUGAACUUGGGAGGUGGAGGUUGCAGUGAGCCGAGAUCGUGCCAUUGCACUCCAGCCUGAGCUACAGAGUGAGACUCUGUCUCAAAAAAAAAAAAAAAAAACCCACAAAAACAAAAAGAUUGUGAUGUCUCUUUAUUAUUGAUUUGUGGAAUUCUGUGUAUAUUCUGGAUCUGAGUUUUGUUGGAUGUAUGCACUACAAAUUUCUUUUCCCUCUGUGUGGUUUGUUUUCGUUCUUUUAAUGUUGUCUCGAUGAACAGAAGUUCUUAAUGAAAUCCAGUUCAUCAGUUGUUCUCUUUAUGGUUUGUGCUUUUCAUGUUUCACUUUAGAAGUCAUUUCUUGUCUGCAAGGGCAUGAAGAUACUCUCCUGUGUUAUAUCGUCUGGAAGUUUCAAUGUUUUGCCUUUCAUGUUUAUGUCUACAACCAUUCUGGAAUUUAGUUUUCUGACUGGUGUGAGGUAGGGGCCACGGUUCAUUGUUUUUCCAUGUGGAUGUUCAGUUGACCCACACCACAGGGUAAACAAAAUCCUUUCCCCUCUGUCUUGCAGUGAUGUCAUUAUAAAUUAGAGCACUGUACAUGUGUGGGUGUGUUUCUAAACUCUCUGCUCAAUUGCUUUAUUCACAUAUCUUUAUGCUUUAAAUGGCAAAAGUUUGGGCUAAUACUAUACUGACUUAAUUGGUGCUGUAAUUUUAUAAUAAGUUUGUCAUCUGUUAGUAUAAUUAUUUCAACUUUUUUUUGGUCAGUAUUGUCUUGGCUAUUCUUGGCCCUUUGCAUUUUAUAUAAAAUGUAGACUCAUCUUGUCAAUUUCCACAAAAAAUUUUAUGAAAUUUUGAUGGGAGCUGCAUUCAAUCUUUGAGUCAAUUUGGGGAGAACAGACAUCUUUAUAAUAUCAAAUCUUUGUGUCUAGGAAUAUAGCAUGUUUCUCUACUUAUCUAGUUCUUUAAGUCUUUAAUUUUUCAUAGUAAUGUUUCAUGGUUUUCUGUGUAGAAGUCUUGCCCAUCUUUUAUUAGAUCUAUUCCUAGGUAUUAGAUGUUUUUUGAUGCUAAUGUAAAUGAUAUGUUUAAAAUUUCAUUUUUCUCUUCCUGUCCUAAUGUUAAGACUAUCAACAGGGACUUAAUCAUCAAAGAUGAAUGCCCACAUCAGUAGUAUUCUUUAGCCUUGAAUUAAGGAGCUUCAUUUAAGAGUCUACUGUUAAAAGACUCAAAUUAAGUCUAAAUUCCACUUAGAAAUAACUUAAUGAUACAGCUGGUGUUUCAUUAUUUUUAAAAGAUCAGAUUUAAAUUCCCCUUUGGAAGCACUGGGAAGAGGGGGACUCAAAAAAGUCUAUCUAGGUAAGGAAGGAAAGAGUAUCCUGGGCAGAAUUCAUCCUAAGGGAGCUGGAACCAGACUGGACCCAGCUGAGCCUAUAACAGAGCCCUCUUUUUUUUUUGAGACAGAGUUUCACUCUUGUUACCCAGGCUGGAGUGCAAUGGCUCUAUCUUGGCUCACUGCAACGUCUGCCUCCUGGGUUCAAGCAAUUCUCCAAUUCUCCUGCUUCAGCCUCCUGAGUAGCUGGGAUUACAGGCGUGCGCCACCAUGCCCAGCUAAUUUUUUGUAUUUUUAGUAGAGAUGGGGUUUCACCAUGUUGACCAGGAUGGUCUUGAUCUCUUGACCUCGUGAUCCACCCGUCUCGGCCUUCCAAAGUGCUGGGAUUAUAGGCGUGAGCCACCGUGCCCGGCCCAACAGAGCCCUUUCACUGGGGCAGCAGAGGGUAGGUAGUGUCGGUCACUCACUUGCCUUCUAGCUUGGGUGCCCAUGGGUUUACAGCUCAUCUCAGUCCCUUAGAGGAUAAUGUAAGAAGGACAGGAUGCAAGUAAAAAUGUAAAGAACUUUUAGGAAUUGUGUUAGUCAGGGUUCUCUCAAGAAACAGAACCAACAGGAUAGACUUAGAUCUAUAGAUGUAUGAGAAGGAGUUUAUUAGGGAAUUGAUCCUCUUGAUUCUGGAGGCUAAGUCCCUUAAUAGGGCAUCUGCAAGUGGGAGCCCCUGGAAUGCUGGUAGUGUGGCUCAGUCCAAGUCUGAAAGCCUCAGAACCAGGGAAGCUGAUGGUGUACUUCUCUGAGGUGGAAAACCCAGGAACCUAGGGGGCUGCUGGUUAAGUCCUGGAGUCUCAAGGCCAGAGAGCCUGGAGUUCUAAUGUCUGAGGGCAGGAGGAGGAGAGUGUCCCAGCUGCAGUAGAGAGGAAAUCCUUUUCUCUCCUUUUUUUGUUCUAUCUGGGCCCCCAGCCAGUUGGAUGGUGCCCGCCCACAUUGAGGGUGGGUCUUCCCCACUCAGUCCACUGACUCACACACCAGUCUCCUCUGGAAACCCUGGCAGACACACCCAGAAACAGUGCUUCACUAUUUUUCUAUUCCUUAAUCCAGUCAAGUCGGCACCUAAAUUUAACUAUCACAGUGGUAAUUUCAGGAAACACUGGACAUAAGCUGUAUCUGCCUUUGAUGUCAUAUUACAAAGAGAGGGCAUUGUCCCUUACCUUAUAAUGAACCCCUGUGGCUUUGGCAACCUAUGGCAGGACCACCAGAGGCAUCCCCAUGGCCGGUAGGAAUGGUGGUAGUAAAAAUAAUAGCUGGCGUUUAUUUAGUGCCUGCUAUGCUUUAGGUACUAUUCUAAUCACUUUAUAAACAUUAACCCAUUUACUCAUCACAAGCACCUCCCACGAGGUAGGCUAGAGAUUAAUGAUGGUAAUAAUAAUAUUAUUGUUCCACUUAGGGUGGAAACUAAGGCACAGACGGGCUAAAUAAUUUGCCCAGGGUCACACAGCUCAUCAAGGGCAAAGCCAGGAUUCCAACCCAAGCUGGCAGUCACUAGAGCCCAUGCUCUUAACAUCAUAUAGUGUUUCGAGUGGCAGCAGCAGAUGGGGGCUGGAGGAGGAGAAAAUGAGUAAACACGGCGGCAAUGCCUGUGGUCCCAGCUACUCGGGAGGCUGAGGUGGGAGGACUGCUUGAGCCUAGGAGGCUGAGGCCACAAUGAACUAUGAUUAUGCCACUGUACUCCAGCCUGGACGACAGAUUAAGAUCCUGUCUCUCAAAAAAAAACACAAAAACACACACAAGAAAACCAUCAGAAAUAAACUGGAGAUCCCCACAGAGCGUCUUGCUGAUUGUACUUGCUUUUGAGUACCUGUGAGAUGUCCCUUGAGGACUGUCAGAAUUAUCUUGGAAUGGAAAUGGGAUUACCUUAGAAGAGGCUGGGGUUAAAUUAGCAAUUAAAGUCAAGAAAAAUGAAACAUAGGGGAGGUAAUUAUAAUUUGAUCUUUAGAUCAGAUUCAGACUUAAGAAACAUUACAUUCAUUGAUUUUUUUCAAGUUUGUCACCUUAAAGUUUCCUUGGAGUAAGUGGAAUCAUGACUUCUGGUCUGUUCUUUCUCUGAGGUGACAGGCACAUCUAUAUUUAGACCAAUAGUCAUGUGUCCUGGUGAUGGAUCAGUGUGUGCCUCCCAAAAUGGCUGUGCAGUACAGUCCCACGUGUAUCGUUAUAAACAGAUAAAUCAACAGCACUGUAGAUUUGAUGUACGCACACCAGAGGGACUUUUACAUGCACUUACUUAUUCAGCAGCUAAACUCACAUAUAUGCUAGGACCACAGAUAGCCCCUUGGGCAAGUGUCCAUGAGCUCAUGCAAGCAAGUGGACUUAGAUUUAGCCACCUCACAGGCAGAGUGAAUUUAGAGCUCCAGAGGCCUCACGCCUGCCUGAGGGCCAUUCAUUUCCAUGAAGAACGUCACAAUUUCUCCCACUGACAUGAAUCAGAAACUGGGAUUCUCUUUCACCUCCUGCAUCUUCUGUGUCACUAAGCUCUAUUGAUCCUACCCUUUUAAUAGCUUUUAAUCUGUCUCUUCUCUUCCAUCUCCAUUGCCACUAAUAGUUUGGGUUUACAUUUUUUUAUUCCACCUGGAUAAGGCAAUAACCACCUGAAUGGUUUACUCUUUUCUCUAAUUUGUUGCUGUCACUGGUACCAAAAUUAUCUUUUUUUUUUUUUGAGACGGAGUUUUGCUCUUAUUGCCAAGGCUGGAGUGCAGUGCAAUCUUGGCUCACCGCAACUUCUGCCUCCCAGGUUCAAGCGACAUUCCUGCCUCAGCCUCCCAAGUAGCUGGGAUCACAGGCAUGCACCACCAUGCCUGGCAAAUUUUUCAUUUUUACUAGAGAUGGGCUUUCUCCAUGUUGGUCAGGCUGGUCUUGAACUCCUGACCUCAGGUGAUCUGCCCUUCUCGGCUUCCCAAAGUGCUGGGAUUAUGGGCGUGGGCCACCACACCUGGCCUUUUAUUUUAUUUUAUUUCAGGAGAGGGGGUCUUGCCUUGUCAGCCAGGCUGGAGUGCAGUGGGGCGAUCAUAGCUCACUGCUGACUUGAAUUCCCAGGCUCAAGUGAUCCUCCCGUCUCAGCCUCCUGAGCUAGGACUAUAGGCACGCACCACCACCCCCGGCUACAAAAUUAUCUUAUAAGGCAUGAAACCAUUAUGUCACUUCCCCACUUAAAACUAUGUAAAACGAUUUCAGUGGCCCUUACUGCUUAGGUGAUAAAAUCUAAUGCCCAGGUACUGGUCCGCGUGGGUCCCUAAGAACUGGCCCAUGCUUGUCUUUCGAGGCCUGGUCUUACUCAAGUCCCUCACCUGUGGCUCCAGUCACACUAGACAUCUUGGGGCUCCUGGAACCCAUGGCUGCUUUCAGACUUACUGCGAUGCUUCUCAGUUGCCUUGCCUGCUACCCCUCUUCUCAGUCUUGUCCUUUUGACCAGCUGAUAACUUUCCUUGGCGAUUACCCUCAUACCCAUACCAAGAUCAUAGUAUGUGGGUAAUCUCUAAGGAAAGUUAAGAGCUUGAAAUGCUUCUUCAAGCAUUUCUCCCACCACAAUGUAUUCUAUAAUGUCUGGCUUCCCUGGUAGGGACCUGGUAGGGUCCACAAAGGAAGAUCUUACUCUUCAUUGUAUUUCUAGUAUACCACAGGCACUUUGUGGAUAUUCGCUGAAUGGAUUCUUCCGUCCAUCCAACUGUCCAUUCAUUCUUUCAACACAUACACAUACACACAUACACACACACACACACACACACACACACACACACACACACUAUUGGGAAGCCCCAUGAGCCAGAAUAGCUUCAGAGACUGCCUCAGUAAAUAUUUUUUGAGCACUUGCUAUAUGCAGGACACUUUGAGGUGCUAGAAAUAUGCAGUGAACAAGACACAAAAUCUUUCCAUGGAGCUUAUAUUCAUAUAAGCUUAUGUAGACUUGUAUUCUAGUCUUAUAUUGUAUCUUCUAGGGAAGACCAGCAAAAAGAAAGAAACAGGAAGUGUAUCAAAAAGAAAAAAAUAAACAGGAAAUGUGUCAGGUGGUGUGAAGUGCUAGGCAGAGAAUUAAAUUAGGGUCACAUGACACAGUGCUUGGGAUGACCCUGUCUGCUGAAUGGCCAGGGAGGGCCUCUCUCAGGGGUACCCUUGAGGCUGAGAUCUGAAUGAACUACUCUUGUGACAUCAGGGUAAAGAGCAUUCCAUGCAGAGGGAACAGGUAAUACAAAGGCCUUAGGGUAAGAAUGAACUGACUUUUAGAAUAAACACCCUGGUUAACUAAAGCCAGGGCAUUGAAAGGACACAGUGAAGAAAAUGCCUGUAAGGGAGAUAGAACUGAAGAAAGUUCAUAGCUCGUUCUAGAGCCAAAGGUAAAUUAUUCUUUAAGACAUACUAGAUACUUACUGGCAGCCGCUACUAGCAAAAUAAAAGUCCUGUUGUUCACAACUGAGGCACAAAAGCACUUAGGAAUGUAGGGGCAGUACCCCCUCUGCAUUUCACUUGGCGCCGAGUGAUCUGUGUCAGGAUGGCCUGUGUGAAGAAGCCACCAGUUACAGUUCACAUGGGUUUCCAUUAUUUGGGCUUUCACUUUGCCCAAGGCACACAGUUAAUAUUACCACAAGAAUGUGAACAUUUUUGUUCUGAAAUGUGUUUAUUUUAAUCUUUACGGUGGGAAAGGCCCUUAAUUUAUCUAUCCUCAUUAUUUUCCAGCCUCAUAUUUUCUGUUUCCUUCCUGUGCUCCCUGAAAAACAAGAUGCCAUAUCUAAAAUCCUGUGUGCUUUUGUGCAGGGCAAAGCCAUGUCCUCGUGCACAGUCGUGGGCAUGGCUGAGGAUUAUGUAACAAGAGCUGUUCCUAGUACGGUUGGCUCCUGCGGGAGACCAUGAUGUGGCAACUACAAAGCUCAUCUCAGAUGGUGUAGCAGUAUAAGCACAGGCCAAGCAAGGCUGGCCUUGAGAUGAGGCCAGAUGGGGCCUGAAUCAGGGUGGUUUCAGCAUGCCCAGGAAGGUGCUGCUGCUUCACAGACAGAUAAUUGCCUUUGAUGAGUUAAGGACGGAUUUUAAGAGCCCCAUAGACCAAUGCAACCCUGUUCAUGCGAGGGAGCGGCUGAGGAACAUCGAGCGCAUCUGCUUCCUUCUGCGAAAGCUGGUGCUGCCAGAAUACUCCAUCCAUAGCCUAUUCUGCAUCAUGUUCCUGUGUGCGCAAGAGUGGCUCACGCUGGGGCUGAAUGUCCCUCUACUUUUCUAUCACUUCUGGAGGUAUUUCCACUGUCCAGCAGAUAGCUCAGAACUAGCCUACGACCCACCGGUGGUCAUGAAUGCUGACACUUUGAGUUACUGUCAGAAGGAGGCCUGGUGUAAGCUGGCCUUCUAUCUCCUCUCCUUCUUCUACUACCUUUACUGCAUGAUCUACACUUUAGUGAGCUCUUAACACAAAGGCCAUGCACGUCAUCAGAGACUGAGAUGGGAGAGGCCUGAGACGGAGAGGUGCAUUUCUGCUGGUGACUGGAGGAGGGACCAGAAUGGGCACAUGUGAGAAAGAGACCCGGCAGGCAGUCUUGACUGAAUGAGAGCUGGGAUCACGCUGCAGCCGGGAGCUGAGUUAACCCUGCGUGUCUGUUGUCGCCCUGUGAGUCAGUCUUUGGUUUUCGAAUCCCACACACGGGGUCACAGAGCCCUGCUGAGCAUCAGUGGUAUGGGGGAGCAUGUGACGAAACACUAGACCUCUCUUGAGAGAGAAUUGCUGCUUCCUGAAUCCACUUCAUUGAACAGCACUUUGCAAGUUCACACUGGGUUCCUGGGCCAUGGGAACGGAGGCUGGAAGGCUGGAAGUUACUUGCUAAGGACCAGAGUCAAGGCCAAGUCUGCAGGGACCUGGUGAAAGCUGAGGACGGGUGAAUAUUGGAAAGAUGGAUUUUUGAAAUGUUUGCAACAUGUUCAAAGUGUUAGUUCUCUACCACAGAAGCUGUAUUCUUCUUUUGCCACCUCAAACCAUCACAGAGUCAUUUAAUGUGAAUCAGCUGGUCAAUGCUAGUCAAAGCUAUGUUCUUAUAAAAACCCCAGACAGCUCAGGGCUCAGAAAAUCCUGUGGAGUGGCUGCCCUGUACCAUGGGCAGCCGGCAACCAGGAAGGGCGACAAUAUAAUUAUAACUUUGUUUUAUGAUACUGCAUCAUUUGUACUGUUUGGGUCGACGUGAGGACAUGAUCUUAUUUAGAAUUUUCCACUUGGCGUUCUCUUUCGGGUGGGAGUUGUGCUGGGGGUUGUAAAUAAUGACAAGGCUGAGAUUUUUAUGAUGUUUAAAUUGGGCGUAAUGAUUUUGACCUUAUUCCCCAAACUUUUUUUCUACUGUUUAGCAUACACCGGCUAUUUAUACACGUCCGCAGCUCCCAUCUGAAACCUGUGACUCAGGUUUAUGAAUGGUGUGUGUGUAGCAACACAUUGUGUGCUAUGUUUAUUAAAAUGCAGUGACAACUUGA